AUGCCCGAUAUGCCUGCUGUGUUUCACCAGGCUUCAUCACCACCAAAACUGGACCUCUCUAGUGUCCAUUCCUCUUUCUUCCAAGUCCCAGCCUCAUCAUCCGCAUCCUCAUCACUCUACUCACUGUCGGUGAGUCGUAAGCGACCUCGUCGGGAUACAGGGAAGCUCUCGUCUAAAUUCGACUUCGAACCCCCCGUCCACGCUGCUUCACCGCUGUUUCGUACCGAUCGCCAGCCCAGUGAGGACUUCCUUUCUGCUGAGCUAGACUAUCGUCCAAACCGAUACCGCGAAUCUUUCUUGCCACCGUCUCUCGAUGCAAGUGUCGACUCUGUUGCCGCAGAUCCAUAUGGAACGAGUCGUAAGCGCAGUCGACGGGACUCAUGUAUCGCUUCACCAACCGCCGACGAUACCCCGGAUACCCCAGAUACCGCUGCGAGACGUCUAGGCUGGGGCCGUACCGUGAUAAACGCCGUGGGAAGAGUCCUCGAUCUAUGCUGGUCGGGUGCAUUCAAAGGCUUCUACGCAGGUGGGGGCCAGGGCUAUGACAUGGCAGCUGGCUCUCCAGCACAAAUCAAUACCAGCUGGCAACCGACCACCCAAGAGAAAGAGACCCAGAUCCUUCGCACACCUAUUCCGGGCCAAUACCCCGACGAGGAUAUUGAUCGCAGCUGGGUAGUUGUCCCAACCGAACCGAGUGAUCCAUUCGGUGAUGAUGAAAAUGCCAGUCCAUGUGUGAAAGCUCGUCGGCUUCAUCAGGCAUCGAGUCCGCGUCGACGCCAGGCGGUUAUGCCGAAACUGCCCACGAGACAACUUCCCUCGAUGCGGCCGUCUACCCCAUCUCGUAUCCCGACUCUUGCGUCCCCAAGAACUCGAGAUGGACUCAAAUCUGCAGAAAUGCAGCGCCACGCCGCAAGGUUGAGACGUAAGGAGCGAGAAGAGGAUGCUAGCAUUCAGCGAUUGAAUAAGCAGCUUCAGGAUAUGAUUCGACAAGGAAAGGAGGCAUUGGGAACAACUGUGCAGGUGGACGAUCUUGAUAUGGAUUUUGACUCGUCAUGA